AUGAUUUGGUGGAAGGUAUGUAUACCACUGCAACGAGAACUGUUAAGAAAAUGUCCUCAGAAAACACCCAGUGACACAGUUCGUCAUAUUAUUCAAGCAAUUUAUCCAGGCAUUGUUGAACAAGCCAAUAUCAAAGAAAAUGAAAUACAAGAUUUGUGUAAAUCAAUUAUUUCAUAUUUAAAAGAUAUACAUUUAGUGGUUGAUGAGUCACAAAUAAAAAAAGUAAUAUCAAAUGUGGGUGCAAAAGCAAGACAAAAAUUAGGUGCUGAAUCAUCGAAAAAUAGUACUGAAUCAAAUAAUGCUGUUUUUGCAAUAGAGGCACAAGAUGACGAUGAAUUAGAAUAUGAUCAACAACAAAUGAUCGGUGAUGAUACUUCGAACAGUUUUGAUGAUUUCAGCGUAAACUAA